AAAUAGUAGUAAUUUACUGACGAUCCCUAAACUAAGCAGCCCGUCAUCUCACUGUACUACAGCAACAGUCCAGCAAAAGCGAGUCAUUUCACUUGAGCUGCAGCGACAAUCGGAUCGAUCAUGACGACUCACGAGUUUUUUGUUGACAUGACAUGUGAAGGAUGCUCUGGUGCAGUCACUCGAGUGCUGAAUAAACUGGAUGUCAAGUUUGACAUCGAUCUGCCCAACAAGAAGGUCUUCAUUGAGUCAGACAAAGACAAGGAUGUCCUUAUGGAAACACUGAAAAAGACUGGGAAAACUGUGACCUACAUCGGUCCAAAAUGAAACAUCAUACAUUAAAAACUCUAAGGUCGGAAUCGUGCUGCUUUGAAGAUUAUGAUGUGGGGCUCCCUCGCUGGAUUGUACAUUACUCAUCAGAUGAAUUAUUACAUAUCUUCGGGACCACUGGAGGAAAUCUGUUCAGCAGAGCAUCAUGAAGAGCAGCUGCCAGGCUGAUUUAUAUAUUCUAUAUUACGAGAAUGUUGAAAUCUAUCCGUUUACGAUGUGGUUGUUUUUUUUCUACCACACAUACUUGUAAUUGAAGUGUCUAGAUGUUAAAAUAAAGCUUCCUGUAUUCACCAAGA